UGAUUGCGUGACUAUGUACUCCGACCAACACAGCAAAUCAAGCAUAUGGACAAGCUCAAAGAUGGCGUUGUUGACAAUGCUUUUGCUGUCAUUGACAGUCAAUUCGGCUUUUUCAGCACGGAUUGCUGCCUUUUGCACGAUAGGAAAAUCACAGUAUAUGAACUUAAGGGGUAUUCUGGAAGAAUUGGCUUCUCGAGGACAUGAGGUAAGACAUGAUUUUGGUCAUUGUCAAAUAGGCUGACUCUGCGCUGGUGGGUUAAAAAACCUGAACCUUCUUUCAAGUGGCUUCAUAUACCCUCUCGUCUGAAAUUUGUUAAGCUAGUGAUGGAAAAAUGCUAAAAACCUGAGACACCUACAGCUGGCUCAACAUAGAAGAUUACCUUUACCGCUAACUUCGCAUGAUUUAUCUCGAUACACAUUAAAGCUGCUAGCAUCAACCACGUCAGUCCUUACGAAACUUAACAGGCACCUCAUAACAUACAAAAUCCUUCCAUCGGUUUGGUUAAUGCAACUGAGCAUGGGUGAUAUGGAUCAAUAUCUUCUUAGAUUCAAUAUUAAAAAAAAAAUAAAUUAAUAGAAUCCUCCCGUGACAUCGUCGUGAUAUUAUGCAAAUAGAGAUUGGUUGAGUGUUUAUUCGAGAGUCGAGCUAGCCCUUAUUUGCGCAAUAUCUUGUGAAGCAUUGAAAAUCAAGAGCCAGAGAUUUCUACUGCAUGCGUUACAAAAGACGGAUAUUACGGAAAUUUACAAUUUGAAUUUUGGUAUUUGGGUGCGUGUUACUUUGGUCACGCAAAUAACGUAAUUACACGCCUACUCCAGCUGUCUAUCAAUCCAAUCCUUGUGGGUGGUAAUUCCUUACUUCAGCAGGAGACAAAGGUAUCGCUCACGUCUUUAAGAAGGAAAACUGGUUUAGAUUUUGACAAUAGUGGUCUUAAAUCGGACAAAGUUUAAAGUCAGAAUUGGGAAAACUGGGUGUCAAACCCUUAUCAAAAUAAUUCAAAAUAAUAGAUACUCGGGGAGCAGCUGGAUAAAUUAUUUGUCGAACCUAUUUUUGCUUCGCUGAAGUCUCUCGCCAUGCUCUCCUAUAGGAGUUCCAGACUGAUGUAUUUUUUUUCUUUGUGGUCAGAGUACCUUUUUUUUCUCCCAGAGAGUUGAAUUUUUGUGUUCUUUCCAGGUAACUAUGGUCAUUCCGUCGACUGAGAAAGUUCAGCUCAGUGACCGAGUACAACACAAGAUUUUCAAAAUACCGUACGAGCCUGGCUUCAUGGAAAAUGAAUUGCUGAAGCUCGAAUUAGAAGGUGACAAGUUUCGGCUUCUAUCCAAAAUGAUGGAGGUGCUAUCCACCGUGUGUGAAAGUGUUUUGAACGACACAAAGAUUAUGGAGGAACUUAGAGGCUAUGAUCUUCUUGUGUACGAUGUACUUGGAGUAUGUGGUGCCCUUAUCGGUGACCGCCUUGGUGUUCGGAGGGUACAAAUUUUGGUGACUCCUAAUAACCCUUUUGACCAUAUGAUACCCACUCCUCUUUCUUACAUCCCCAUGAUGGUGCUUCCAGGAUUCACGGACAAAAUGACAUUUUUGCAACGAGUUACCAACGUAGUCGCGUACAUUGGACUAGGCUUGUUCAAAGAUCUGCUAUUUGCAAGAUCAAUGAAUGCCUUGAAACACAAAUACAACAUCACAACUGAAAGAAGCUACCAGGAGACUGUUGACGGUGUGGAACUCGUUUUAAUCAGGGCAGAUUUUGCGAUAGAGUACGCUCAACCUCUUUUGCCAGGUAAUUUUUCCCUGACCUCAUUAUGCCGGAUGGUACUCAGUCUAAGCUAGAACGAAAUUAUGUACCAAUGCGGACGUAGCUGAGGAUUUUCUAUUUGGUUUUAACGUGCCACACCAACGAUACCUACCUAACUGACAUUCACGCUCGCUUUUUUUUACUGAAAGUGACUGAAACUGCAUUACGCGAAAUUUUUGGCCACGGAAUAAACAACUCCACGUCGUGUAGAAAUAAAUACAAUUCACUUUAAUUCCUCAACGGCGUAAAUGACUUAGGUUGAAACUCAAAUAACAAACGAUUUCAAAAGUUACACAAUACAUGAUAUAAAGAAAUAAACAACGCGACAGAAAGAGGAAUAUAAAACACUUGCAUUGUUACGGCCACAGAAAAGACCAAGAUUGAUACUGUAAUUGUGAAACUGCUCAGGUCAAAAAAAAAAGAAAAAGAGAAGGACGAGCAAAAACAGCGGUACGCUACUGAACUGCGCUUAGUGCGAAAAAACGAGAAAACAGGCAUAUUACUGCUAUAUGUACAUCGAUAAAUUAUGCGAAGUAGCAAUAAGGCGGCAAUGAGGUAGCAGUAAAAUGAUAAAAAGGCGCUAAUGAAACAGUAAGUAUAAACUUUCGCUAGUUACGGGUUGAAAAGACUUAAAUAAUGAAUUUUAAACACGCAAAGAAUCCAACACGAAAAAGUUUUCGCACUUAGAACUUACAGAGACAUUUAUUUUUGAUUGAACAACGACUAAUGCAUGCUGAGUAGAUUCUUCUGCUUUAUCCUUUCCCAGCACCUGGAUUGUAAAGUGUUUUUGUUGGGGACUUAAAAUAGUCCUCUAACAGAGGCGGGGAGAGCAUGGGCAAUCCAGGGCUCCCUUCCCCGUUACGCUCCCGAUUAGUGAGGUAUGUGUAGCACAGAAUAGGAACGGAGUGUGAAAUAGUCUUCUUUCUUGGGGUUGUCGUGGGGAGUGUGGCGUGACAUUAUGAAACAAGCUGCGAAAGUGGAACCGAGGUGAGUGAAGAAACCUGGGGAAAGAAGUUGAAAAUUAAGAGGAAAGGAGAGGAAAGAAAGGAAAGCCUUUAAGAUUUGCACUUCCUCAAUUUGUUUCUGUUGUUAAACAAAAUACAUUCCUAAAUAUUGCAUCCUUGUCCGCGUUACUUUUAAAAGGGAAUGUCAUGGUUGGACCACUGAAUGUCAAAGAUGGUAAACCACUCCCUCCUGAUCUAGAAGAAUUCGUGAAUGAUUCGGGAGGGCAUGGUUUUAUCAUUGUUUCUUUUGGAUCAAACUUGGCUUCGAUUCUUCCAAGAACAGUUGUGGACAUGUUAGCGACAGCAUUUGGAAAGCUGAAACAGAGAGUUGUUUGGAGACUAAAAGGUAUCAAUGACAUUUCUUAUAUUUACUUUCCUUUAGACGUUUACUUUAAAAUAAUUCUUUUAUCUAAAUGACACAGUUUUGUUUUCGCACUGAUGGAAAUUCCUCACUCUACCAAAUAACAAUUAAAGAUUUACAUCACGUCGUGACUAUCAGAUUUUCCAAUCGUUUCUCAGCUUGAAGGAAACAGAGAACUAUCACUACAUUAUGGAUGGUUGAAAAGGAUGAAAAGACUGGAACGACUUAAGCUUUCUCUCGAGAAAAAAAGCAACUUUGAAAAUCGUCCGUUGCUGCCAUGAGAAACCUAAUUAAGCCUUGCACUUAAAAUAAAUGUUUGUUGACGAAUGUGUGAGGCGUGCAUACACGCUGCUUUCUCCUACAGAAAAAGAUCCGAACGCUAAUCCGUCUGCGGCUAUUUUAUUGUGGAUUGUAGACAAAAUUUUAUUCUUUGUCUUUCCUAUAACUAGUUGUCUGCUCUCACAGGUUAUAUUCCAUCAUUCUUGGGAUCUAAUAUUAAAGUAGUGGAGUGGUUACCUCAGAAUGAUCUGUUGGCUUACAAGAAUAUCAAAGCUUUCGUCUCCCAUGUUGGACACGACAGCCUUUAUGAGUCAGCAUACCACGGAGUUCCUUUAGUGGCUUUCCCUCAAUUUGCAGACCAACAUUUCAAUGCCAAAAAAGCAGAAAAUCUGGGUAUUGGUUUAGCUGUGGAUCCUAAAGGCUGUAACGCUCAGGAGCUUUUUGACACAAUUCAACGCGUUAUUAGUGAACCCAGGUAUGGCUGAUGUACAGUACCUUAGUGAUGAAAUAACGAUGAAAUAACGACGAAAUAACGACGAAAUAACGAUGUAACAACUGUCACGUAAUCUUCUUCACGGCCGCUUUUUAGAAAGUCACGCAAUGUUGCAUGACCUUGUAACGAGCGACCAAGGAGGAGACCACUGUCGUGGAAAUAAUCCAAGUAUCAGCAGAUCUCCUUGGUUUACUUUGAAUAGCGGCAUUAUGGUACGUCUCAGUAAAAUGUGAUCAUUUGCCUUCCUUUCCUCAGAUUUAAAACAAAAGUGCUUCACGUCUCUAGCCUGUUAAAGGAUCGUCGACGAACACCUUUAGAAGAAACCGGUGAUUGGCUGGAGUAUGUAAUUAGACAUGGAGGAGCUCAGCACCUCAGAGCCCAGGUGUUUAACAUGCCUUGGUACCAACACUACUUACUCGACGUCAUGGCAUUUCUUGUUGCCAUAGUAACAUUGAUUAUCGUUGCGAUAUGGUUUGCAUGUAGAUGCUGCCGUCGGUUGUGUUGCAAACUGACUGAAAGCAGACCUAAGAAAGAAUAAAAUACGUAAACACCGGUUUGACUGUUAUUUCAAAAGUGAUAAUGAGUGUAUCAUUAAUUAGGACAUACGACUAGUUACUUUUCUAACAAGGAUUGAAACGUUUGAUUUAUGCACCAGUCAAAAUAUAAUUUCUUCUACUGUCGCUUUUUACGACAUCUGGAUGUCGAAACGGCUUUCUGGGAAAUAAAACUGGUAUAAUUGCUGCGGUGACCAGAGGGAUACACACGCUCUGAUUGGUCAAGAAGUGUGUCAUAUCUCGCUAUAAUCACCUCGCGCUAGGUGAUUAUCGCAGGGAUGCUAAAUUUCAAAACAACUGCCUCGCGUUUUGUCAAUGUUACUCAGGGAGUAAUCAACGAGAUAAAAGAAAAUACAAUUCUGAAGAGCACGAAAGAUACUUCUAAGUUUGGGGUAACACUUUUCAAAAGAAAGGUAUGAAGUUUCUGCUGAUCGAACUAUUUAAACCUGUUAAAUACUAGUUGUAACAGAAUGGUUUCAACAACAAAACGGUUUACAACAGAACUCGAAAGCGCCUGAGCAAUUACACAAAAAUAAUUAUUCACCUCAGGCUCAGUGAACAUUACUAAAUAAUACGGAAGCCCGAAAGGGACAAUCCAAAAAUAUUUUGUAAAACCGAAAAAAUAUUCGGAAUCAAUAUCUUUUAGACAAAUCGCUUUUAAGAAGUUUGUUAAAUCGAGAAAACAAUUUUAAAUCCUGGUUUAAUUUAUAGAUUCACAAAUAACAUUCACGAAAAUCGGAAAUAGUUCUCAAUCCAAGAAUCUUUCCAAAAUCCAGAAAAUUUCGCAAAUCGAGGAAAAUAUUGUUACGUGACACUUGCGCCAGAAGUCAGCACUUUGUCACGAUACAGCACAUCGUGUCGCACUAGGUUGCACUAGGUCGCCUUAGACUCACUUUGCGAACGGACUAAACUGUACCAAGUGUAUUGCGAUGUUCUACAACAAAUGUGGAAAAUAAUUUGUGAACAAUGAGCUAUUCUGCUGUCGAUGUGGAACAUUAAAGAGACCUGAACAUACACGUACAAAAGCCAAAGGGUCACGAACGCUUAUUGCCUUCUGCCAUAAUAUUGGAGUCUGAUACACAAUCAGUCCUUGCUGAAAACAAUUUCUAAAAAACCUCCGAUCAUCUCUUAAAAAAGGGGAGAAUCCCUUAAACACAUUCAGGAAAGGUCAGAAAAAGCUGCUUAACCCAGCAUACGGCCCCACGAGAUCCAAAAUGGAAAAAGAAACGAAGAGAAAGCGCGGCGUUCAGUUGCUUGUUGAUUGAGUAAGAAUGGGCCGAACGAUAAUUAUUUGGUUUUUAGUUCAAAAGUCAUGAAUUUGAGCCGAUCAAUUUACCGUACGAUUCUCCCCGGUAAGGUCUGUAUUCUACGUAGAUCCACUUGCAAAUUGCUUUGGUUUUUCGGGGAAAAAGAUAGGUCUAUGUCCGGGAAACUCCUGCCCAACACGGACCGUGGAAUAGUGACGUUAUCGCCGGAAAUAUAUCUUUGGUCAAUAUUGAAUUAUGCUAUUUCUUUUCUAUUAUUGCAUCAUUAUUUAUAAAAUCUGGUUCUAGCAGAUUGCGUGACUACUUCUCAAAGUAAUCCGACUGACGCAGCAAAGUUAGCAUUGAAAGAGUUUCAGCCCAAAGAUGGCGUUGCUUGCUUUGCUUUUACUGUCAUUGACGGUCAAUUCGGCUUUUUCAGCUCGAAUUGUUGCCUUUUGCACGAUAGGAAAAUCACAAUACAUGAACCUCAGGAGUAUUCUGGAAGAAUUGGCUUCUCGAGGACACGAGGUAGGAGAAUUUUGAUCAAAAUCUGCGGUGGUAGGUUAAUAAACCUUCUUUCGAGUGGUUACAUAUUCCUUUUCGCUUGAAAUGUGUUAAGGUUGUGAUGAACAAAUAGCAAAAUAACACUUAACGGCUCAACAUGGCUCGAUAUAGGGGAUUACCUUUAUCGUUACCUUCACUUGAUUUAUCUGGAUAUACAGUGAAACACAGAAGCUAAUAGAAUUUACCGCGAGAACCGUCAUGACACUUAAUAGUCCAUAAGAUCCAAAACUAAGAAGAGGUGAAAUUGAUCAAAGUCAUGUUAAAUAGCAAAUCAUCCCGUGACGUCGACAUCAUGCAAAUCAAAACUGGUUGUGUGUUUAUUUAAGAGUCAAGCAAACCCUGAUCUGCGCAAUAUCUUGCGAAUAAUUGAAUUUUAAGAGGCAGAGAUUACUACAACAUGCAUUACAAAGACGUUUUUUGUGGAAAUUUACAAUUUGAAUUACAAAAACGUAUAGAAAACCAUUAUUUUGGUACUAAGGUCUAUUCCACGAUUGACUGAUUUCUUUAAAUAGUCGCCUACUGGCUGUCAAUUAAACCCUCGCGGGGGUUGAUUUUUCUGAUAGUAGUGACAGAGGCAUGUACGGCCCUAAAGCAUUUGAUUUUUGUGCUUUGUGAUUACAAAAACGUACGGGUUUAGAUUUUGACUAUUAAGGUCUUAAAUCGGAUACAAUUAGGGUAAGAAUUAGGGUAAGAAUUGAGAAAACUUGGCUUCAAACUCCUACCAAGAUAAUUGGAUAUUGUCGACUGAGUUAAUAACGUAAAUUGGCCAGCGUUAACCCUUCAACUCCCAUGAGUGACCAAGACAUAAUUUCUCCUUACAAUAUCAAUACAAUAUCAAGCAGACAAGUGAUGAGAAUAAAGAAAAAUAUCAGUUAGGGGAAUAUAAGUCGAUCCAAUACACAAUUCUCCAAACUAACAUCACAAGAUCUCUAUGGUAGACAGUAAGGAGAAUUACUAAUGAGAUCUUGGGAGUUAAAGGAUUAAGAGUUUGAAAGCUGACGUUUCGAGCGUUAACUAGCCCUUCGUCCUUUGCUCUGACGAAGGGCUAACGCUCGAAACGUUAGCUUUAAAACGCUUAGCCCUUUAACUUAACGGUGACAAAUUUACAUUAUCAACUCAGGUGAUAAUACAAAAUUACCCUGUUAUACUCUCCCACCGACACAACGCCACAGUUUCUUUAGAAAUUACCCCCUUCAUUCAUUCCCUUACCGAGAUAGUCGAGGAGUAACCCAUCUCUGGAGACCAUUUUCGCAACUUCGUUCCCAGGGUGCUUUUCUCUUAAAAAAAAAGGGAGAAAGGAAAAGCGCCCAGGGGAACCAGAUUGAAAUUUUCGCUGGCACGCGAUUGGUCCAAGAAAUUAUGAAGUUUAAAAUCCCUUGGAUUGGUCAUGUCGAAAAUUGAAAUGAUAUUUCUCAAGUGAUUUUUCUCACUUGAAAGCGUUUUUCUUUCAUUGCAUGAAAUAAACUUUGGAAUGAAAGAGUACAUGUCAGCAUCUUAAACUUUAUUUUAAAAGGUAUUCUGCUAAUGACUUUCGACUCAGAAAUAAUAGAACAUAGACAUCGCAGUAUGGACUAUGGACAGCGGACUGUUAAUGGCGGGCUAGUCCAACUUCUACAUAGAAGGGACUCAAUCAGUGCGAGUUACAGACUUCAGAGUAGAACUUGCAUGGCCAGCGCACAAUGUGGGGGCAGAGGGAAUCCCAGCUAAAACUGGGCACAAAUUCAACUCUACUUUCUCACUUUCCUUUGUACACCUGUCACACAAACGUUUCGAAAUACAGACCAAUAAACAGACAAUUUAAGAGAGAAUAAACAGACAGUUUUAAGAGAGAAUCAAGAAGUCUUUUGUUGAUUUUUCACUUGUUAUCUGGAUAGCGUCUUGAUCAAUCAAUCUUCAUAUCUUUUCUUGUUUCGCUGUAGUCUUUUACCCCACACUGAUAUAAGAUAUCCAGCGCAACAUUUAUUUUUCUUCGGGAUCAGAGUGCCUCUUUUCCAGAAAGUUGACUUUUUGUGUUUCAUGCCAGGUAACAAUGGUCAUUCCGUCGACUGAGAAAGUUCAGCUUAGUGACCGAGUACAACACAAGAUUUUCAAAGUACCGUAUAAGCCUGGCUUCUUGGAGAAUGAUAUGCUAAAGCUCGAACUGGAAGGUGACAAGUUUCGGCUUGUGUCCAAACUGAUGGAGGUAAUAUCCACCGUGUGCGAUAGGGUUUUAAACGAUACAAAGAUUAUGGAGGAACUUAGGGGCUAUGAUCUUCUUGUGUACGAUGUGCUUGGAGUAUGUGGUGCCCUUAUUGGUGACCGCCUUGGCAUUCCAAGGGUACAGAUUUUUGUGAGUCCUAAUAGCCCUUUUGAUCAUAUGAUACCUACACCUCUUUCCUACAUCCCUUUGAUGGUGCUUCCGGGGUUCACGGACAAAAUGACAUUUUUGCAACGAGUCACCAAUGUAGUCGUGUACAUUGGACUAAGUUUCUGUAAAGAUCUGAUAUUGGCAAGGCCAAUGAAUGCCUUGAAAAUCAAAUACAACAUUACAAAUGAUAAGAGCUUCCAGGAGACUGUCGAUGGUGUGGAACUUGUUUUAAUCAGAGCAGAUUUUGCCAUAGAGUUCGCUCAACCUCUUUUGCCAGGUAAGUUUUUCUCAACCUCAUUAUGCCGGAUGGUACUCAGUUUAAAGCAACAGAAUGUCUCCUGGUUUAAAGUUUAAAGUUUAAAGUUUAAAGUUUAAAGUUUAAAGUUUAAAGUUUAAAGUUUAAAGUUUAAAGUUUAAAGUUUAAAGUUUAAAGUUUAAAGUUUAAAGUUUAAAGUUUAAAGUUUAAAGUUUAAAGUUUAAAGUUUAAAGUUUAAAGUUUAAAGUUUAAAGUUUAAAGUUUAAAGUUUAAAGUUUAAAGUUUAAAGUUUAAAGUUUAAAGUUUAAAGUUUAAAGUUUAAAGUUUAAAGUUUAAAGUUUAAAGUUUAAAGUUUAAAGUUUAAAGUUUAAAGUUUAAAGUUUAAAGUUUAAAGUUUAAAGUUUAAAGUUUAAAGUUUAAAGUUUAAAGGGAAAAAUGGUGUAUCAACGGGGGUGUACUUAGUUAUUUCAAAGGAGGGGGGGUGGAGGAAGGGGGAGUGGAUAGAGGUGUUACACAGUAUCAUACCCAGGGUAUCUACCUAACUGUCAUUUCGACAUCCAUUCUGUGUUUUACCGAAAGUGAAUUUUUCGAAUGAAAAAAUGAGUGAUGCAUGCCGCGUAGAUUCUUCUGCCACGUCCCCUUUUGCCACCUCAAUUGUAAAGUUUGUUUGUUGUCGACUUAAAACAGUUCCUCCCCCUCCCCCCGCGCAAAGGGCUGGGGGGGGGGGAACACGGGCGCCGUAAGACCUCUCCUCGUUACGCCGUCGAUUAGCGCGGCAUGUGUAUCACAGAAAAAGAAUGGGGUGGGUAAUAAUGUCCUUUCUUGGGGAUGUCACGAGGGUUGUUGCGUGACGUUCCAAAACAAGCUGUGAAAGUGAAACCAAGGUGACUGAAAAUGCGGGGGGAUAGCAAUGGAAAAAAUAAAAGGAAAAGAAGAAAAAGAAAGGAAAGCCUUAAAAUAUCUCAACUUCUUAACUUAGUCUCUGUUGGUAAAUAAAACGCAUUCGUGAAUGUUUCAUCUCUGUUCGUAUUAUUUUGAAAAGGGAAUAUUAUGGUUGGACCACUGAGUGUCAGAGAAGGUAAACCACUCCCUCCUGAUCUAGAAGAAUUCGUCGAUAAUCCAGGAGGGGAUGGUUUUAUCAUUGUUUCCUUUGGAUCAAACUUGGCUUCGAUUCUUCCAAGAACAGUUGUGGACAUGUUAGCAACAGCAUUUGGAAAGCUGAAACAGAGAGUUGUUUGGAGACUUAAAGGUAUCAACAGUAUUUUUAUCACUACUUUCCUUUAAACGUUUACUUUCACCCCUUCACCCUCAAGAUCUCAUUAGUAAUUCUUCCUACUGUCUGCCAUAAAAUACUCAUGAUGUCAGUUUGGAGAAUUUGGUAUUGAAUCCACUUGUAGUCCCCUAAUUGAAUUUCCUUCUUUUUUCUCAUCACUUGUCUGCUUGAUUAUGUAUUGAUAUUGUAAGGAGAAAUUCUGUCUUGGUCACUCAUGGAAGUUAAAUGAUCAAGGUUAUUCCUUUUACCUAAGUGACACGAUUUCAUUUUCGUACGUAUUGAAAUUCCUUAAUUAUUAUGCCAAAUAACAAUGUAAUGUCAGUGAGUUACAUUAGGUCGUGACAUUGCGAUUCCUCGGCUUACUGAGAACAGAAAACUACCACUACGGUAAGAUGAAGAAAACAAACACACGCACGCGUAUACACACUGAAUGAAAAUCAAUAUGCCAAGAACAGAAGGAUGGUUGAUCGGGAUGGGAAGAUUAGAUAGAUUAGCAAAUAACAACUUUGGAAAAUCGAACGUAGCACCCAUGAGAAGCCUAAGCGUUAUAUACACAGCUGUCCCUAACGGAGAAGAUCCGCAUGCCGAUUUGUUUUCGGUUGUCAUUGUGAAUUGUUGACACAAUUUCAUUCCUUGUGUUUCGUAUAACUAGUUGUUUGCUCUCACGCUGCUUUCCCUUACAGAAAAAGAUCCGAACGCUAAUCUGUCUGCGACUAUUUUAUUGCGGAUUGUUGACACAAUUUUAUUCCUUGUGUUUCCUAUAACCUGUUAUCUUCUCUAACAGGUUAUAUUCCAUCGUUCUUGGGAUCUAACAUUAAAGUCGUGGAGUGGUUACCUCAGAAUGAUCUAUUGGCUCACAAGAAUAUCAAAGCUUUUGUCUCCCAUGUUGGACACAACAGCCUUUAUGAGUCAGCAUACCACGGAGUUCCUUUAGUAGCUUUCCCUCAAUAUGCAGACCAACAUUACAAUGCCAAGCAAGCAGAAAAUUUGGGUAUUGGUUUGGCUGUGGAUCCUAAAGGCUGUAACGCUCAGGAACUUUUUGACACAAUUCAACGCGUUAUUAGUGAACCCAGGUAUGACUGAUGUACCGUGAAAUAACGAUUUAACAGCUGUCACGUGGUCUUCUUCAUAGCCGCUUUUAAGAAAGUCACGCAAUGUUGCAUGACCUUGUAACGAGCGGCUAAGGAGGAGACCACUGUCGCGGGAAUAGUCCAAGUAUCGCAGAUCUCCUUGGUAUACUUUGAAUGAUGCAUUAUGGUACGUCUGAAUGAAAUGUGAUCGUUUGCCUUCCUUUCCCCAGAUUUAAAACAAAAGUGCUUCACGUCUCUAGCCUGUUAAAGGAUCGCCGACGAACACCUUUAGAAGAAACCGGUGAUUGGCUGGAGUAUGUAAUCAGACAUGGAGGAGCUCAGCACCUCAGAGCUCAAGUGUUUAACAUGCCUUGGUACAAACGGUACUUACUCGACGUCAUGGCAUUUCUUGUUGCCAUAGUAACAUUGAUUAUCGUUGCGAUAUGGUUUGCAUGUAGAUGCUGUCGUCGGUUGUGUUGCAAACUGACUGAAAACAAACCCAAGAAAGAAUGAAAUACGGAAACACAAGCUUGACUGCUGUUUCAAGUGGUAUAUCGCUUUGAUGACACGAUGCUUUUGAAAUUCUUUUUUUUAUAUUUUUUGAUGAAAACAAAACAUGUUUCGAAUGAAACAUCAUCAAUCACCCGAAACAUGUUUUGUUUUCAUUAAAAUAUUCAUAUAUGUAUUUAUAAAAUCAACUUCAAAAGCAUUGUGUGGUUCAUCAAAGCGACAUCUUACUUUGUGCUGCUACGAAGCCUUGGUAAUACUUCAAAAGUGAUAAUGAGUGUAUCAUUAAUUAGACAUACGACUUAUUGUUACUUUUCUACGUUUCAUUUGUGCACCGGUCAAAAUUGUUUCUUCUACUGUCGCUUUUUAACAAGACACUAGGAUGUUGAAACAGCUAUCUGGGAAAUGAUUUUGGUAGAAUUACUCCAGUUUCUAGGGGGAUGCACAUGCUCUGAUUGGUAGAGAAUUGUGUCAUAUCUCGCGUGAGGUGAUUAUCGCAGGGAUCCUAAAUUUCAAAAUAGCUGCCUCGCGUUUUGUCAAUGUUAUGCAGGGAGUAAUCAACGAGAUAAAAUAAAAUACAGUUCUGAAGGGCACAAACGAUACUUCUAAGUUUGGGGUAACACUUUUCAAAAGGAAGAUAUGAAGUUUCUGCUAAUCGAACUAUAUAAACAUGUUCAGUUCUAGUUGUAACAGAAUGGUUUCAACAACAAAACGAUUUACAACAGAACUCGAAAGUAGCUGAACAAUUAAACAGAAACCAUAAUUCAC